ACUGAGCUCUCUACUCUUUCUCAUUCUCUCUGCUCGAGCUUCUUCGUCUCCUUCGCCAUCUUCCCGCUUAGUAUUGCUUGGGCAAGGCCUUGCUUGGAUCCGAAACUUUCCCCUGGUAGGAGGAAUGACGGUGUUCCACUUCUUCAACUGCGCGAUCCUGACGUUCGGCCCCCACGCCGUCUACUACUCCGCCACCCCGCUUUCUGAAUAUGACACGCUUGGAACCUCCGUGAAGGCUGCUCUUGUUUAUCUUGGAACGGCUUUGGUUAAGCUCGUUUGCCUUGCGACAUUUCUCAAAGUAUCGGAGAAUGACAGCUUUGAUCCUUCUCAGGAAUUUUUGAAGGCCUUGAUUGGUUUUAUAGAUGUUGCUGGCCUUUACUUUGCCUUGACCCAGCUAACUCACAGGAACAUUUCUCAAAACCAUAAAUUUCAGGCCGUUGGUCUUGGAUGGGCUUUUGCUGACUCUGUUUUACACAGACUGGCCCCACUUUGGGUGGGAGCAAGGGGAUUGGAGUUCACUUGGGACUACAUUUUGCAGGGCAUUGAAGCAAAUGCUAAUCUGGUUUUCAGCAUAUCCCUCGCUGCCCUGGGAUCACUGAUGUGGCUUAGGAAGAACAAACCAAAAACUUUGAUUCCCAUAAUAUAUGCGUGUGCUGGUAUAGUAGCAACCAUGCCAUCAAUCACAAGCUAUCUGAGGCGGGGCUUGGGGUGGCACUUCCCGAAAGUGGUGGGCUUCGAGUUAUUCACCUCUCUGGUGAUGGCUUUCAUCAGUUGGCAACUUUUCUCAGCCUGCCAAAGACCCUCGGCCUGAGAGAAGCAAUUAGGAGAAGUAGAAGCCUUCAAGGAUAUGCUUUGUUUCUUUAGAGAAGAUGCAGAAGUUCAAUGGCUCCUCCCUCUAGAGGGAUGCCAUCUUCAAUGAUUUCCAUCCAAGAUGAUGAAUUCUACUUAUAUUUCUGAGGUGUUUUUCUUUUUCCCCCUUUUUGGGCAAGAAAUUGCCAUCCAUUUUUCGUACCUAGAUAUUUUUAUCAACUUCAUGAGAUUGUCUAAGUCGGCUCGGGUGAGCUUUGCAGCCCUCGAACAACUGACUGAAGAGCUUAUGUAGAUGUACGUUGGUAGGGAAGACGAAUUUGUGGAAAGUCUGUUCUCAUCUUUUCAUCAUUAUA